CGAGAGAACAGAUGAAUUAUUGCAGUUAUUUAUAGAGAGGCAGGAAAUGAUUUGACAGCACAGCCCUGACUAAUGUUACUCCUGGCCUGGAAAUUGGACCCAAACAUGGAUUAUUGCUCAUUAUGGGAUCAUUUAAGGUUUUAUGUUGAAAUGCACCACCGGAAAUCCUCUUUUUGAUGGGGUCUCACUUGACAAUGGUCCACCGCACCCACUGGAAGCUGGAGGCUGCCUGGGAAGCUGGAGCAUCCCCGUCACAUACCGACCCAGCGUCAGUGAACAAAAAGAAGCGCAGAGCCAAAGCCUCAUGUUGAGAAUUUGAGCAGACAUGGGAUGCAGGUGGGGAGGGAUCGGUCAUCCAUCGCUGAGUUAGCUGACUGGGGUUUCUUUUUUAAUUGAACACUACAUCCAACACUAUGGCUAAGCAGUACGAUGUGCUCUUCCGACUCCUGCUCCUCGGAGAUUCUGGGGUUGGGAAAACAUGUUUGUUAUGCAGAUUCACGGACAACGAAUUUCACCCUUCUCACAUCUCGACCAUCGGAGUCGACUUCAAAAUGAAGACACUAGAAAUAGAUGGUGUCAAAGUACGGAUACAGAUAUGGGACACUGCAGGCCAAGAGAGAUACCAGACCAUCACUAAGCAGUACUACAGACGAGCACAGGGAAUCUUCCUGGUGUACGAUAUCACCAGUGAGCGAUCCUUCCAACACAUCAUGAAGUGGGCCAGUGAUGUGGACGAGUACGCCCCUGAGAAGAUCCGGAAGAUCCUCGUGGGGAACAAAUCAGACGAGGUGGACAAGAGGCAGGUGGCCACAGAGCAGGGUAUCAAGCUGGCCAAUGCUUAUGGAAUGGACUUCUUUGAGACAAGUGCCUUCACCAACCACAAUAUAACAGAGACUUUCACAAGACUGGCGGAACAGGUUCUGGCUGCCAACAAAAAAGACCUGGAUCUUCUCCGGGUUUCUGCUAAUGACGAGAUUGAUCUGGCUGCUCUAGAGGCGGAAGAAGGACUCUAUGACCGCACGGCGGGCGACCAAGGCAAAGGCUGCUGGUGUUAAAGGAACUGUUUGAUUUAGAAACUCUUGUUAUUAAUAUAAUGUUAGACACUUUGCACACUCUGGGCAAAAUGUGUCUGCUUUGGUCUUUAGUUGAAACAAAAAGGAACAACUUUGAAACCUGCUAAGCCAGAAAUGCUAACGCGCCACUUCAGAGCAGUUUCAAGGGACACACGUGGAAACAUUUUGCCACACAGUGCCAAGUGUGUGGUGUUUCACCCAACAGGUCCAAAUGUCAACGUGUCUUCAAUGAGACAGAAUGUUUAUGUCUAAAAAAAACAAAUUCCUGCUCAGUUCAGUGUGUUUUUGAUGUAAUUAAAUGCAAAUCCAUGUCCACUACAAAUUCUGCAAUUGACAUACAAUUGAUAAGGCUAAACACAACACCUCCAGGACUGCUGGAAAUAAAGAUUCUACCAUCUUUUAUACAGACUUUGUACAGUACCCUGAUAUAGAGGAUGUUGAAUGACUUUGAAUUGCCCGCCACUGACUUGAAACUUUUCACAGUGUUGAAUUUCUAAUUUUCCAAGCGCUGUCUCAGAUAUUGAUCAUAGAGCUGGGUGCCUUAGAAAUCAACCAUUUUAUUGAUGACAUUUUCAUCUACCCCUUUCCUUUAUGUGUGGGUAUUAGCACUCCUGCACAGAGAUAGCCUUUCUCCCUUUGAAUGCAUCAGAUGUAGUGUAAGAGUCUGACCACAAGAGGGAGCUACAUGCAUUGUGAAAACAGCACUGGAGAGGUGUUCAGUGAUACUCUAUUUUCCUGCAGUUCUUCUGUGUUUGUUAUUGUUUUUAAUUACAUUCGCAACGACUACCUUUAAUGCGAUGGGAAGAUUUUAAAUAUAUGCAGCAAUUAAAAAAAAUGUCCAUGCAGAUAUUGGCUACAGAGGAGGGUUUGCAACUUGUGAUGUUAUCCAUGUAGGACCAUGGUCAUUUGCAGUCACAGUAUAAGUUAUUAACUGAAUGAAACGUUGUAGCAAAACUCAAUAUAUUUUCAUUUUGUAGUUUUUAUUUAUAACAAAAAAAACACACUAUAGUACGAAUAGUUUGAUAACUGCCUUUUGCAUUGUACAUACCGACAUACAUCGUCAAUUGGUAGAAUCAUAACAAAGUGCGCCAUUAAUUUAAUGUGUUCCCAUUAUAGGGUUGUAUAAAAAGUAUAUAAAAAGUCAACAGUGAUAUUCUAGGUGGUCUGAAAUAUUCCCUCUGUGAACAUUACUCUGUCCUUUUUCUCACUGUUUUGUAAAGAGUCCAAUGUAGAUGCCAUUUCUUUUUCCUUUCCCUCAGAGUUAAAAAGGGACAAGUGAGAGUCUUGCAUGCAAUCCACUCCUCUCUCUUCCUUCCUUCCUUUUAUUGCAACUUCAAUGAAGUUAAUAAUUAUCUGACCAUGAUGAAGUGAAGUAGAGCAUUUUGACCAGAGUUGCCUGUUUGAAACUUAAACAGAAUGACUUACUUUGGCUACUUUUCUUUGCAACCUAGUAAAACUAAAUGCUACUUUACAAAUUAAUUAAAAAAAGGUUGUUAAUCUGUGCACUGUGUGAAAUGGCAGUAUGUUGUACUGGAUGAUGUCCUGGAGGAAGCUCUAGAUACAAAUGUUUCUGUGUUGUUUUCAAGAACUAUUUUUGUUUGAUUUCUUUGACAUGUAUUUGUGGAAAUAUAUUACAUGCAACAUGUAAAAAUGCAACAUGUUAUUCUUGGAGAAAAGAUGUCAGAUGUUUAUGAGU